AGCGCGGUGGACACUUUCCUGUUUCCCCCCCCCUCCCCUUUCCCCCUCCCCCAGCGGAGGGGUCUUGAGGUGACAGCCGCUGCAACUGCGACUACAGCCGCGGGCGGAGAAGAUGGACAGGAGGAAGGCCGGGCGGCGCCGAUCUUCUCCGGAAAUUGUCACAGAAGGAAAAAGGAAAAAGACUUCAUCUUCUGAGUUACAUAAGAUAACAAAGAUAUUAGAUGCAAAACCAGAAGAUGCCCGUGUGAAACCACCACUGUCCAAACUCAGAAGCUCAGAACGGUGGGAUCUCCCUUUGCAGGGGUGGGAAAGAAGCCGAAGAAACAACGUCCUUUCUCUAGACUGUAAAAGUAAAAAAGGUGUUCGUGGGCGUCCUGUCACUUCUAAGACAUCAUCAGAAAGGCAACUCAAAGUUAUGUUGACGAAUGUCCUAUGGACGGAAUUAGGACGAAAAUUCAGAAAGAUUCUACCUAGAAACGAUGCUAAUUUAUGUGAUGCCAACAAGGUGCAAUCAGACUCAUUGCCUUCGACAUCUGUUGACAGCCUAGAGACAUGUCAAAAAUUAGAACCUCUCCACCAAAGCCUUAAAUUAUCUGAAAGGAUACCCAGAGUUAUAUUGACGAAUGUCCUGGGAACGGAUUUAGGAAGAAAAUACAUAAAGACCUCUCCUGUAACUGAGGCCACUUUGGGUGAUACAGACAACUUGCAAUCAGAGCAGCUUUCUUCAUCAUCUGAUGACAGCCUAGAAUCUUGUCAAAAUCUAAAUCCUCACAAGAGCUUCUUUUUAAAUGAAAGGGGUUCUCAAUCAAAUAAGACAGUAGAUAAGAAUUGUUCAAGGCGGGCUACUCAGAUCAAAGAAAAGAGAAAAGGUAAUGAUGGCAUUUCUCUUGUAGUGUCUGAUACUCAGUCUAAAGAUCUUAACAGUGAAAGUAGAGGUUGUGAUCAUCUUGAAGAGGGGAGCAGAAACAAGAAUGGUACAUGUUCUGAUUCAAAAAUGGAACCCACUCUGAUUUCCAGGAAGAGAAAGAAAAGGCUUAGGAGUAAUUCACCUGAUUCUCAUAAUUCUACUUCUUUGUAUAAACCAGCAGAACUGACAAAAGAACAAGAAAACGACUCAACAGUAUCAUCUGAGUUUGAAAAGCUAAAUGAAAAUCAUGAUCAAAAUCCAAAACUGCUUAAGGAAAUUACACCUGAACCUAUGGAAAGUGACUUUACUGAACUAUCUUCACUUGAUAGUCAGGAAUUGGCUUUGAGUGCUGCUCCCAAAAGCACUUCUGACUGUUCAGUUACUGAAACUGUUGUUGAGAACUCUGUUUCCACUGAUACAUUGGGGAAUACUACCCAGGUUGAGAAGGAUGAGAACAAGAUGAACACAAUAGAAAAGCCUGUUUUAAGUGAACACAGUGAAGGCAACCAAUCACUGAUCUCAGCUGAACCAAUUGUUGUUUCCAGUGAUGAAGAAGGACCCAUUGAACAUAAAAAUUCAGAAAUUCUCAAGUUACAAUCUAAGCAAGACCAUAAUGUCACUAAGGAGAAUGAGAGUAUUUCUGAAUCAGCAUUGUCAGAACUACCAUCGAUUACUUGUGAAUCGGUACAGGCUUCAUCUGAAUUAUGUCCUGCCAAGGAAAACAUUUCCUGUAUUAUGCCUAGUAAUGAGAUGGAUCUACAACUGGAUUUUAUAUUUACUUCUGUUUAUAUUGGUAAAAUAAAAGGAGCUUCUAAAGGUUGUGUUACAUUCACGCCGAAGUAUGUUAAGAUCCCAUUUCAAGUGUCCUUGAAUGAGGUUUUAUUGCUAGUGGAUACCACACAUUUAAAGAGGUUUGGCUUAUGGAAAAGUAAGGAUGAUGAUCACAGUAAAAGGAGUCUUGCUAUCCUUUUCCUCUGGGUCUCAUCACAUUAUCUUCAGGACAUUCAGACCCAAUUAGAAAACUCUAUGUUAAGCCAGCAAUCAAAAUCCAGUGAAUUCAUUUUCCUUGAGCUACACAAUCCUAUUUCACAAAGAGAAGAAUUGAAAUUGAAAGAUAUUAUGACAGAAAUAAGUACAACCACUGGAGAAGUAGAGCUUUCUUAUCCAUUGUCUUGGGUUCAGGCAUUUCCUUUAUUUCAGAACCUUUCUUCGAAAGAAAGCUCUUUUAUUCAUUAUUACUGUGCUUCAACUUGUUCCUUUUUUGCUGCUGCUGCUGAAGAAAUAAAGAUGCAAUCCGUAUCUCAGCCCUCAAAUGUAGAUGCAGCCAAACCUAAUUACACCUUCCUGCAGAAGCAAAGUAGCGGAUGCUACUCACUUUCUAUCACAACUAACCCAGAUGAAGAAUGGCGAGAAGUCAGGCACACUGGACCUGUUCAGAAGUUGAUUGUAUAUCCUCCACCACCUACCAAGGGGGGAUUAGGAGUAACUAGUGAAGAUCUGGAGUGCUUAGAAGAAGGGGAGUUUCUUAAUGAUGUGAUUAUUGAUUUCUACCUUAAGUAUCUUAUAUUGGAAAAGGCAUCAAAUGAACUUGGUGAACGAAGUCACAUUUUUAGUAGCUUUUUCUAUAAAUGCUUGACGAGAAAGGAAAAGAACUUAACAGAAGAUAAUCCAGAUCUUUCAAUGGCACAAAGAAGACAUAGAAGGGUAAGAACAUGGACUCGCAACAUAAACAUCUUUAAUAAAGAUUACAUCUUUGUGCCUGUAAAUGAGUCGUCUCACUGGUACCUUGCAGUCAUUUGUUUUCCGUGGUUGGAAGAAGCUGUGUAUGAAGAUUUUCCACAAACCAUAUCCCAGCAAUCCCAGGCUCAGCAAUCCCAGCACAACAAAACAAUAGAUAAAGAUCUACGUACUACUUCAGUACUAUCCUUGGGUACAGUGGAUUCUCAAAGUACUGAGACAAGUAUGUCAAUACCAAAGAAAGUAUGUAAAAGGCCAUGCAUUCUCAUACUAGACUCCUUGAAAGCUGCUUCUAUACAAAACACAGUUCAGAAUUUACGAGAGUAUUUAGAAGUAGAGUGGGAAGUUAAACGAAAAACUCACCGUGAAUUCAGCAAAACAAACAUGGUGGACCUAUGCCCUAAAGUUCCUAAACAAGAUAAUAGCAGUGAUUGUGGAGUAUAUUUACUGCAAUAUGUGGAAAGCUUCUUUAAGGACCCUAUUGUUAACUUUGAACUCCCAAUUCAUUUGGAGAAAUGGUUUCCUCGCCAUGUAAUAAAGACCAAGCGGGAGGAUAUUCGCGAGCUCAUUUUGAAACUUCACUUGCAGCAGCAGAAGGCCAGCAGUAGCUAGUUAAUCUGGACAAAGAUGACAGAUGCUCUACACGAUUACAGGAAAGCUGCUUACCAGCAUUUGUGUUAGCCAGCUCACAGAGAAGAAAAUAACUUGUAGUAGUUUUAUAAGUCAUUGGCCUUUAUUUAAAAUAUAUAAGGUGUCUUAUUAGAUUGUUGGGAUCUUAUAGAUGGAGAAGAGAUGGGGGUGAGAAAUACACUUAAUAGAUAGAAAUGGAAAUUUCAUAAAUAUUUGAUAUUUUUCUGAUUUAAUAUGCUUGGAUUAUGCAAUAGCAUAUGUAAUGUGGGAAUGUUUUUGUAGAUAAUAAAACUAUGUGAUCUGUACUUCCACAUAACGGGAGUUGAAGGGAGCUCGGUCCUCCCUGCUAACAGCCCCAGUGCUUGUCACAUUCUUUGACAAGUCACAUAAUAUUGUAAUUCUAUUCUUUGCAGCUCAAGCAUGCAGUAUGAAUACUGUGUAUUUUUUUUUAACGAAUUUAGUAUCAAGGCUUCAGAAAGUGCCUUUUAUGGCAUCCCUUCUGUACGUGUAAAAGAAGACAUAAUGUUAGCAAGGUGAUAAAAAUCCAGUCUUUCAAAGCACAGCUUAUUUUUCUCAUCUGCUAAAUGGAACCAUUACUCUGCUGUAAUUUUCCCUCUCCUUUUUUUAUUUCAUAUGUGGGGAACUGAGAAUUUAGUUCAUUCUUUCAGGGUGAAAUUUGUAACAAAAAAUGUUUUAAAAAUUAUAUAUGUUAACUCAAUUUGAAGUAUAGCUAUAUACUGACUGCUACAUUACCCCAGAAUAUAUGUACACAAUUUAUGUAAGUAUAGAAGAUAAAAUUGGUGUCCUUAUAAUUUUAUUAAAAAAUACCCUCAAAGUCUUAUUUAUUAUUAGAACUAAAUACAUAAUUUUAUAACUCUGUUACCCAGUAUUCAUCUGUAAAGCCAGAUUGCCGUCAUUGCUUUUAUAUUUUUAAAUUGGACAUUUUAGAAACCUGUAAUUCCCAUGGAGCUUACUUUUUUUUUUUAUAUUAAAUGUUCAGGUAACAGUUAUAAAUUCAUGUACUGAGGGUGGUAUUAUAGAAAUACUUCACAAUCCUCUAAUGUUAUCAAGAAUACUUUGAGGGGACAAUUAUAAUGUAUUUUCUCAAAUAAGGAAAAUUUUUUUUAAGGAAUAUUUUAAUCUUCUGUUUUAAGCAUCUCUUGGAUUUACAUUGUAACUGUAUAUAAAGCAGUGAAACAAAGGAAAUUUCAGAUACAGCUAAAAGUAGGAACAUUUUAUUUCAAAAUCAUGUGAAUUGAUAUUAUCAGUUAAACCUCAGUGUUUUUAAGCUUUUGUUAAUCUUGUCACCAUCUUUAUAUUGUUAAAGGUAUUUGUCUUUUGGAAGUUUCCUAUAAAGAAUCUUAUAAUUACAUGUUUCAUUCCCAAUUUAUGUGUGUGUAGGAGGGGACUUUUUUAGGUGACUAUUAAUGGUUUCAUACAUCAAAUUUUGGUAAAGUAAAUAUAUAAUACAUUUUCUUGUGACUUCUUAACAUUUUUGUUUGUGUGUUUUUCAAAGAUACCACUGUCUCUUAUCAUGUUUUGAAGAUGUUUAAAAUUCAUUUUCCUAAAUUCAUGUGGAAAUGGUUUGAGAAUAUCAACAUUUUAUAUUAAACAUAUUUACAAUUCAUUAGAUUGAACUAUAAUUUUUUAAAGAAAUGUGUGACAGUCUUAGAAAUAAAUUUGAGUUUUACAGUGGCCAGUACAUAUCAUGUGGCUUAGAUUAAUUUACCUUUCUGUUUUAGUAAGCAUAAUGCUAAUUUGGUUGUUGGUUCAGGAAACAUUUGAGUAAUUUUUUAGAUACAAUAAAAUGAAUGAGAUCUUCUGAACUCUUUAUAGUAUAAUGGGAGAAGUGAACAUAUGAACAAUCUUAAUAUUCCCUGAUAAAAGCAAUCAUAAGUUUCUUUGGGUGCACAAGAGGGAGUUCAUCCUUGUGUGUGUGUGUGUGUGUGUGUGUGUGUGUGUGUGUGUGUAUGUGUGUAUGUAUGUAUGUGUGUGUACCCCUGUGUGCUACGGAAAAGUGGAGAGGUACUAAGAGAGUUGUUGGUGGACAGGGAAAACUUUCCUAAAGAAAAUAUUACUAUUUUUAAUUCACAACACUUGGGGUUAAAAGUAAAAUGGUAGAUUUUCAAAAAAUAUGUUUUUAUUGAGUUUUAGAGAGAGAGGAAGAGAGAGGAACAUCAUUGAUCAGCUGCCUCCCGCACACCCCCUACUGGGGAUCAAGCCUGCAAACUGGGCUUGUUCCCUGACUUGGAAUCAAACUAGUGACCUCUUGGUUCCUAGGUCAACAUUUAACCGCUGAGUCACACCUGCUAGGCAAAGGAUAGCUUUUUAAAAAGAGUCAUUUUCAACCACCUAGACUCAUCACACAGAGCCCUUUCUAAAUUCAUUUCUAUCUUUAUCCUCAUCUUUCCACUCUGGUCUACUUUUCAGUCAUAUAAAAUGAUUAAUUUAUACUUUAAUUACUUUUAGCUUAACACAAAGCUUAAGCCAUUUAUUCAUAGGAAAUUACCUUGUUUUUUUUUCUUUUCAAUAUGGUUUCUUAAAUGUGAACUGUCGUAUGUAGUCAACAUUUUUUUUUUUUAAUGGUGAAAAGACCUUUAACGGUUAGCUGUGUAUGGCUGGAGAACUGAGUGGGGACAUGCGUGCUUAGAAGGCCUGCUGGAGCAGAUUCUAUGAAGCCCUGCUUCCCUCCGCAGUCCAUCGUAACUGGCUGUGGAAGUUUGGGAAGUGCCCGUGGUCUGUUAAAAGACAUGGUCGUGGGUGGAUGAGGCUUCCUUAUGCGGGUCCGGUGUGGUCUGCAUGAGGCGCUCUCCUCUCUCACAUCCCUUCUGGGGGCUGGAGACAUCGGGCUCAGGACUCCUACAGAAGAUAGGCUUUAUGUGAUGCACUGGUUUCUGGGCUGUGUAUCAAAUAUGAAUGGAAUGAGCUAGAUUAUGGACUGUUGUCCUGUGAGUGUGUCACUUGGAACCCAGGAUCAUCGCUGGUGGUGUGUAAUAGAUGUCGCAACAUUGCAUCUCCACACCUCAGGCCUGCACAUGCCAGUCCUUCUUUCUAGAACACCCUUUCACUGCUUCCUGUCAACUUUAUAUUUCCCCCCCAAAUCUGGGUCAAAUGUCAUCACCCCACAUUUGCUCAAACAGAAUAAUUCAUUACCUUUCCUGUUCGCCCGUAACGACUUGUUUAUAUUUCAUCAGUUUUAUGUCAUUGUAUACAUGUUUUCACCUAUAGACGACAUGCUCCUAAUGGACCAACAUUUUGCAUUUGAUGUAUUUAGUAUGUUAGUAGCAUGUAGUGAACACCUGCAAACUUUUGCUGAGUCAAUAAAUGAUUGUCAACUCAUUUGGAAUUAAAGAAUGGAUGAAAGAA